AUGACGGAGAAAGGAGAAGAACGAGUUGAAGUAUCGGAGGACGAAGUCCUUGUACAAUCCAGUAAUAGGGGUAGUACUGAAAAUGUAGUCACAAUGAAAGAUGAUGUAUUAGGAGAAGAUGGUACAAUUGUGCCGGAGUUAGAAGGAGAUGGUACAAUUGUGUCGAAGGUGGGUAUAAAGUUCAAAGAUGAAAGCGAGCUAUACAAAUUUUACAAGAAGUAUGCGUAUAACGUAGGUUUUUUGGUUUGGAGAAUGAAUUCGAGGAAGGGGGAAGAUGGAGUAGUGAGAUCUGUUACGUUGACGUGUUGUCGUGACGACCGUAGAAGCACUAAUACAAGCAAUUCUUUGAAAUCGCAACCAACAAUUCAGACGGGUUGCAAAGCAAAUCUUACUGCUUCAAUAGAUAUUCAUGGAAUAUGGAAAAUUUGCACAGUGUGUCUUGAACACAAUCAUAAAACAAGUCAUUCGAAGUCAAGGUUGUAUCGAUGUAAUCGAGAGUUGAGUGCAAAUGUCAAACGCAAGCUUGAAGUGAAUGAUAUGACUGGAAUUCCUCUGCACAAAAGUUACAACUAUGCAGUUGUCGAAGCGGGUGGGGAUGAAAAUAUGACCUGCGUGGAAAAAGACUGUCGAAAUUAUGUUGAACAGGUGAGGUGUUUGAGAUUAGGUGAUGGAGAUGCCGCGGUAAUACAAUCCUACUUUUCACAAAUGCAGGCACAGUGCUCGAGGUUUUACUUUUCUAUGGAUUUGGACGAAGAGUCACGGCUUAAGAAUUUGUUUUGGGCAGAUAAUAGGUAUAGGCUAGCGUAUAAGGAGUUCAGGAAUGACGAGAUAAUUGAGAAGGUAUAUUGCGAUGUGAUAUCUGCAGUGGAAAGUAACUCCAAGAGGAAGUAUGAGGUUGAGGAUGAUGUCAUUCACGGAGAGACGGCUGUUGUUCAUGAAAGCCCUUCAAGUCAUGUUGAUAUACCAAGUUUUGGAAUGGCUUAUGAAGUGACACCCAAUUCUUGGGAUGCAUCUCAAUAG